ACGUCUCUUUCAGCGCAGUGUGGCAGAGAAGAAAAACGCUUGAACACUUCACUCACAUUUUCUAGGGUUCCAUUUCGAUCUUCGCUAUGCAGAAGAAGCUAGCAUUCCCAGUCUCCAAGAGCCUGGACCAAUUCAAAUCGUUGUACGGUUCCAUUUCGGGAGCUUCCAAGCCAUUACCUUCGCGUCCUUCUGUGGAUACCGUUUCAUCGGGGAGUUUUGCAAACCUGAAGCUCACAGCAGAGAAAUUGGUGAAAGAGCAAGCUUCGGCGAAGACUGAUCUUGAAAAUGCGAAUGCUAAGCUUAAGAAGUCGCAGGAGUGUUUGCGUGCAUUGGAAGAAAAAUUGCAGAAUGCUUUAAACGAAAAUGCCAAGCUCAAGGUCAAGCAGAAGGAAGAUGAGAAAUUGUGGAAGGGAUUGGAGUCUAAGUUCUCUUCUACUAAGACUUUAUGUGAUCAGCUUACGGAGACUUUACAUAAGUUGGCUGGUCUAGUUCAGGAUGCCGAAAAAGAUAAGGAGACAUUGGAAAAUAAACUGUCAGCAAGUUCAGAAGCUCUUGAUAGCUUGAGUAAACAGAUGGAUGAUUUGUCUUUGAAGCUAGAUUCUGCACAGGAAACAAUUAGAACCCGUGAUAACGAGCUAGAGAAGCUUAAAGUUGCUUCAGAAGAAAAGGAGAAAUUUCACAGGGAUGAACAUUGCAGAGUUGCCAAUGUUAUAGAAGAGAAAGAUAACAUGAUAAGGAAUUUAGAAGAAAUGUUAACAUCUAGUAGAUUGGCUACAGAGAGUUUGAACUCAACUUUGGAAGAGGUCCAUCUUCAGUUAAAAGUUAAACAAGAUGAAAUUUUGCGUCACAUAACCAGUCAAGAGAAAUUGGAGAAAGAAAAGAGUGAUCUUCAAUUGUUGAAUGCUGGGCUUGCAGAAAAGCAUGACAUGUCACUUCACGUAAUUGAAAACCUUAAAGAAACACUUCAGUCUUUGGCUGGAGAUUUGUCAAAUUUAGACAAAGAAAGCCUGAAUCUUUUGAGCAAGUUCGAUGAAAUGAAUUCACUCUAUGCUUCUUGCUUCCAGUUGGUUCAGAAGGAGAGAGAAACUUUCUCAAAACAUGCUCAAUUCCAGUAUAGUGAGCUUAAUAAUAAAUUUGUAGUCUUGGAAUUAGAAAAGAACGCAACUCAAAUGAAAAGUUACGAGUUAAGCAAAACUGUGGAUGAACUUCAGAAAGUUCAAGAAUCUACUGUAGCCCAAUUUACAGAGGACUCUCGAGUAGCUGCAGAGAGAAUUCAAAGUUUGGUGUCAGAAACUGAGACUUUAAUCUCAAAAAAGAAAGAAGCAGAGGUAUUAAUUUCCAAAUUAGAAGAGAAAGUUGAACUUCUAUUAGAAAGUUCUAGAUCAUCAGACAACCACGUGCAAGACUUGCUGCUGAAGGUUUCAGCAUUAGAGACUGAAAGCAAAGAAAAUACCGAAAGACUGCAGGCAGAGAUAUUGAAGAAAUCAGAGGAAAUAGAUACUUCGCAAAAGGAGAGAAUAAAGCUAGAGAAGCAUGCUGAUUCUCUUGAUCAAGAAUUAAUCCAGCUUCGUAAUGCCCUGGAGGAAAAAGAACAGUGUGUUUUACAUUGUAAGGAGCAGGAAAAGAAGCUACAAGAUCAAAUCACAGAGAACAUAUCAUUGUUGACUGCUGUUGAAAGCAAACUUUCAGAAGCUAGAAAGCAAUAUGAUCAAAUGGUAGAGAAUAAACAGUUAGAACUAUCAAGGCAUUUGAAAGAAAUAUCUCAGAGAAAUGAUCAGGCUAUCAAUGACAUUAAGAGGAAGUAUGAAUUGGAGAAGAUGGAAAUUGUGAAUAUGGAAAAAGACAAGACAGACAACACUAUUGCCGAAAUUGAGGAAAGAUGUGAUAAAAAACUUGCAGAAUGCAACGAGGAAUCAAGGCAACAGUUGAUGCGCAUUCAGGAAGAACACACGUUGUUGGUUAAUCAAAUGCAGCAGGAGCAUGACAAGAAGCAACUAAGCCUCAUAGCUGAACACAAUGAACAGCUAAAGCGUGCCCAACUGCAAGCUGAAAAUGAACUGCGAGAGAAAACAAUCUUUAUGAGGAAUGAUCAUGAAGCUCAAAUUAAAGCAUUGAGAUGUGAACUUGAAGAUGAAUGUCGUAAGCUGGAAGAGGAGCUGCAUGUUCAAAAAUCCAAAGAAGACAGACAAAGGGCUUUGUUGCAGUUGCAGUGGAAAGUGAUGAGUGACAAACCCAAAGAGGACCAAGAAGUGAAUUCAAAACAGGAUUACUCCAUUUCAUCAAUUAAGAGAAGGAGUUCUUGUGGAGGCAAAAGCAAUCUGCAGCGUGAUGUAGACUCUCCUUACUUUGAAGCAACACAAACACCAGUGCCAAAGUUGUUGACAAAAGUGGACAAUAUUAAAACAGGAAGUGCGGUGAGCAUUCCUAAGCGUCAUAGAAAGGUAACUCGCCAUGAAUAUGAAGUUGAGACUUCUAAUGGAAGAACAAUCACAAAGAAAAGGAAAACAAGAAGUACUGUUAUGUUUGAGGAUCCUAGAAAUCGAAAGAUAAAUACACCAAAAGUAAAUACUCCUGGAAGUGUUGUUAAGAGCAUCAAAGGAGGAGGACAUACUAAUCCUUCAAAUAUAGGUGAUUUGUUUUCAGAAGGGUCUCUUAAUCCCUAUGCUGAUGAUCCCUAUGCAUUUGAUUAGAGUUGGGCAUGGACUGCUGUUUUGUUCAAUGCCAUUGUUAGAUAAAAGUUAUACAUGAAGAUACAAUUUUAUUGAACCUGAGAAAUAGACAAGAUGGGUUGAAAUUUAGCAAUGCUAUCAUAGUUUCUUAGUAUUGUUGAAGUUGACAGAUCUGAAGACUUCCUGGUUAUUUCUGCUGGUUUGGAUCUACAGCUGCUGAUGAUAGAAUAACAGAUAGCUGGUCAAAACAAUUCAUUUGACAAGAUUUAGUUUCACUUGUAAUUUGUUAAUUCAAAGAAUUACAGUUGUUUGCUGGGUUGUUGUAUAUAGCAUCGGUCUGUAUUGAAAGUGCCUGUAGAUGGUCUCUAUUACACUUCGCCAAUAUUUUCAUGAUAUGGAUCAUGACUGUAAAUUGCACUGGCAUAGUUUGUAAACUUCACAGACUUUUAACAUCUUUCUAGUUUAAUCUA